AAAUGACCGGGAAUUAUAAGGUUCUUAAAACUCGUAAGCUAGUAUUGAAGUUGUAACGAAAUAUUAUGAGUAGUUCAGACGUAACUGAGCUGAAAAUUAAGAUAAAAAAAUGGGAAGAAUCGUUUUAUCGUGAGCAUAAGAGAAAACCGGAAAAAGAUGAUAUAAAAGCUGCUUCAAAAGACGUUCAAGACCAUUACAAGAUCUACUGGAAACUACGUAAUGCAGUCCAACUGAGUGAAAAACAGGAUGACCGUGUGUGGAACAGUUCUCUGAACAAAUCUGUAAAUUGUGCAAUCAAUAGUAAAUCAGCUGCAAAGAAAUCAGCAGUAGUGCAUUUUGCUAAUAAGCUUAGACAGAAUUUUGAAAUAAACAAGUCAAGGGUUCCUAUCCCACAAGCAAAAAGAUUGACAGUACUAAAAAGUGAAGUUGAAAGAUCACCAGUACAUGAAAAAGAAGAGGAUCAGCCUGGUGAUAAAUCUUUAUUUAAACCUUCACCAAAAAAACUUAAAGAGGAUGAGUUAAAAAACUUAGAGCUAUUCACGUUUGGACAUAGUUCUAAAGAACUUAAUGGCAAGUCAAUGAUAAAACAGUUUUCUGUAGCUAAGAAAACAGGAGUUAAGUUAACAUCUGUGAAGUCCAUUUCUCUUGCUUUAUCAGGACAUAGUGGCUUAAAAUGUAGUCCAAAACGUAACAUCGAUAUUGCGUGGCUAGAACGCUGUAGCUCUACUAAUCCAGUGUCUCCUCAACCUUUGUGUGAAGAUGAAAUUAAUGAAAACACUGCAGAGUAUUCAACAGUUAACUGUUUGGAAAAACCUAAAAUUUUGGAGAGCUCAGUGCAUUUAGAAGAAAAUCAUAAAAAACCAAAAGAACUGGAUGUCAGCUUUACUGCACAAGUUUCUUCAUUUUUCUCUCCUGAGACUAAAUCUGAUUUAGAAAAUAAUGUCUGUGCUACAAAGCAGUUUUCCACACAUGUUGCUGAGGAGAACAAGUUUCAUAUUAAAGAUAACAAUAGUAUUACCAAUCAACUUAAUUCAACAUGUGAGGACAACAGUGUUAGUUUUGAAAAUAAUGCUCGUGUUUUUAAGCAACUUUCUUCUACAUCUGUCACUGAGGAUACUAGAGAAGGUGUGAAUGAAAACAUAGAAAUGGAAGAUAAACUAAUUUCGCAUAAAGGUAUAAGACAAUUGGAUGCAGAGGAAUCUGAAAGUCAGCAUAAAAAUGAAAAACCUUUUCAAACAAACAAGAGGAAAUGUACUAGUGACUUUGAGGAAAAUAUCACGAAGAAAAUAAGGAACAGCAGUUUAAACAGUGAUGCUUUAUUAAGGAACAUUCAGGAAUACAGUAAAGAACCAGAGGCAGAAACGUUAACGAAGCUUGUUAGUGAACGAAAAGUUGACAUAGAAAAAUUAUCAAUGAAAAAAUCUUCUAAUUUUGGAAGAAAAUCUAUCUCACAUACACCAAUUUCCAAAGACAAUUUUGUAAAAAUCAAUCUGAAAAAGAAAAGGUUUUCCAGAGGCCAUCGUCAUCUCAACAGUCAACAUUACAAGAGGAUGAAAUGGAAAAACCUGCAGCAGUGCAAAGAUGAUGGUGAUGAAGAUAAACCUGCCAAAAAACAGAAAAAAACAUCUGCUUGUUUCAAAUGUGGCCAGAUUGGUCAUUGGGCUCGUUACUGUACUGGGGUGAAAGUCGAUACAUUACUGCCUUCCGAAAACAACGAUGAAGUUGAAGAUCAACCUCUGCCUACUUUAGAAGAAGCAGCACAGAUGUGUCAAGGAAUUAAGGAUUCAUUAACUAGAGGUGUCACUAGAGUUUAUCCUGGAGAACAAGAUAUCACAAAACAAAACUCAGUCAUUGAAGAUGAAGAACUCUCGUUUGCCUUGGGGGUCCCUCCUGAUCCAGUCAGACCUGCCGUUGAACCUCUUUUCAGUCCUAUCCUUACUGAAACUCCUCCUCUUGUAUAUGAAGGCCUCAAGAAGAUGGGAUAUGACAGUUUCAGGCCUGGACAAGAGAAAGCCAUUAUGAGAAUCUUGUGUGGAAUGUCUACAUUAGUUGUACAGUCUACUGGGUCUGGAAAAUCUUUAUGUUACCAGCUUCCAGCAUACUUAUAUGCCAAGGAGAGAAAAUGUAUAACCCUUGUGGUGUCGCCUCUUGUUGCUUUAAUGGAAGAUCAGGUGUCAGGCUUACCAGCAUGUUUAAGGGCAGUGUGCUUACAUAGUGGUAUGUCAGAUAGCCAACGUCAACAGGCUUCACAGGCAGUCUCUGAUGGAAGUGCUCACAUUCUUCUUGUUUCACCCGAAGCUGUUGUAAGUGCUGGGUUUUCUGGCAGUAACAUUCUUCCACGGAAUCUUCCUUCAGUAGCUUUUGCUUGCAUCGAUGAGGCCCACUGCUUGUCCGAAUGGUCACAUAACUUUCGGCCAUCUUACUUGCAGCUUAUUAAGAUAUUGACACAAAAGCUUGGGGUCAAAUGUAUUCUUGGUUUAACAGCAACAGCCAACAAAUCAACAGCUCGAAGCAUUGCAGAGACCUUAGGAUUGUCAAAUCAUGAUGAAGCAAUCAUUGGAACAACAUCCUUACCAAAAAAUUUAAUUUUGUCUGUGUCUAGAGAUAGUCAGAAAGAUGAGGCAUUAAUCAACCUUCUACGAGGAAAAAGAUUUGAAUUCUGUGAAUCUGUAAUUGUUUACUGUACAAGACGAGAAGAUACAGAGCGUUUAGCUGUAGUGAUUCGUACCAGCUUGCAAGAUGUUCGGUUGGAUUCGUCACAACCACGAGCAGGCACCAAAAAGGGAAAAAGCCAGGCUCCAAGAGCAUUGUUAGCUUGGGAUGCAGAAGCUUAUCAUGCGGGCUUGACAGCAGCAAAAAGACGUUCUGUGCAGAACAAGUUUAUGAAAGGAAAGCUGAGGGUAAUUGUAGCUACUGUGGCUUUUGGUAUGGGCUUAGACAAGUCUGAUGUUAGAGCUAUCAUACAUUACAAUAUACCCAAAAGCUUCGAAAGCUAUGUUCAAGAAACUGGCCGAGCUGGAAGGGAUGGUGUGACAUCUCACUGUCAUUUGUUUCUUGAUCCACAGGGACGUGACCUGUAUGAACUUCGUAGACACAUUCAUGCUAAUGGUGUAGACAGAGGAACAGUUAGAAAACUGCUACAAAAGGUUUUCCUACCUUGCAAAUGUUAUAUACAAGACACUGACUGUAAGAAUGAUAACACUGAAGAAAAGGUUAAAAAUGAGGAUUGUCAGACAAAGAGUUGUCCGGGACACGAGGUAGCUUUUCCUAUUGAGACUACUGUACAAGACCUGGACUUGAAGGAGGAAAAUAUAUCCACACUUCUGUGUUACCUGGAAAUUCAUCCAAACAGAAGAUUUCAGCUGUUACAUCCUGUUUAUGCUACCUGCACUGUUCGUUGCUAUGGAGGACCUAGUCAACUUAGAGCACUUGCCCAACAUAGUCCUCCUAUAGCAGCUGCCUUAGCCCUACAGCGUCGUAAAAGCCAGAAUAAAACUGCUCAGUUGCAGUUUCCAGUGGUCCAAGUGGCUUCUCGAAUGGGUUGGGAUUCAGGUUUAGUAAAGAAAAGUUUGAAACAGUUAGAGUGGGAUAACAGUCACUUGAAAAGUGGAGGCAAUUGGAAGAGAACAGGAGUACUUGUUGAGUUCUCAGACUCAGCUUUCCAUAUUUAUGCUCCUGGUGAUUUAACCGAUGAUGAACAAGAUUCCAUGUUGGAUUAUCUGCAUGGACGAGUUGUUUUGCAUGAGAAACGAGAACUUCUUAGACUUGAAAUGAUUUAUAAUGUAUUUCACAGUGUUUCAUACAGCCACUACACUAAAUGUAGUGAUUCUUGUGAUGAGGAGAAGAGUCAGAAGCUGAAGACAAUUCUCAAACAAUACUUUGAGAGUGAUGAAAGUGAGAGCUUUUCUAUAGUAAACACAGAACAUUGCAAUAUGAUUGAGAAAAUCCCAGAAAAUGAAAUCUGUUGUGACAUACAAGCUUUUAUAAACAUACAUCAUGAUGAGAACUUCACAGGUAGAGCAAUAGCAAGAAUAUUUCAUGGAAUUUCGAGUCCACGCUAUCCUGCGGAGGUUUGGGGUCGUGUGAAAUUUUGGCGAAGAUACUUAAAUGUGGAUUUUCAUCUAAUUCAACAACUUGCAAGCAAGGAGCUGCUACGAAUGAAAGAUUUGUGACAUCUGUUUAAAGACAGACAAAUUUUAAAUAAAAAUUAAAUUAUAAUAAAUUUUUCUAGAAAACCUGUAAAUAUUUGUAACAUUUUAUAUUAAAUUAUGUGUGAUGGUCAGUGUUAUUGAGCCUAAAAAUGGACCAUAUUAGCAUAAGAAUUGACAACUGUUUUAUUUCUUCAUGUUACUAUGAUCAUAGUGUGUUAGGUUUGCAAUUUCUUUCAUCAUUAGAACAGUUUUA